CGCUCUUCCUGCUUCCAUCAUCCGAUGAUCAUCCGUCACCUACUAUUGUAAUUUGGUGUGUAAUUAUUUCAAUCAUUUAGCCCAAGCAAAACAUAAUGGGUUGCUGUGAUCCUGAAGAAGAUAAACCAGCCGAGGAAAACGUGGAAAGAAAAUGUACAGAUGUAUUUUGGUUGUGCCUGUACAUCCUGUUUUGGUUUUUAAUGGUGGUUAUAGCUGCAUUUUCGUUUGUCUAUGGGAGCCCAUUAAGAAUUAUAAAUGGAUAUGACUCAUUCGGCAACACUUGUGGCACGAACAAAAAUAAGCAAAUGGGUAAUUUGGCUUUAACUGGGAUAGACACAUCUAAUAAGCCCUACCUAUUAUUUUACGAUAUAAAAGAAAUCAAGCAAUCGUUACAAAUUUGCGUUAAAGAAUGUCCUAAAAAAACUUUAAACACUGUGGAGGAUAUUUAUGAUUACCACACUAAGGGAAUCGAUUUGUGUCGUUAUGACUUCAAUUACAAUGAGUUACAGAAGUCCAAUGCGGUGUCUGCUAGGUCAUUUGGCCCCUGCCCAGUUUUACCUGUUUACGAAAGCACACCAGUAUUGAACAGAUGUGUCCCCAAGCAAGUAAAAGAGGUAACCGAAGCCAUUUUGUCAAACUUUUAUGGGCUUUUAAAUAGCUGGGAUACUAUAGAGCAAAUCCUAGGUGAUUUGUACAGUACUUGGAAAGAAAUCUUGGGACUAACAUUUUUGUCAUUAGUUAUUUCGCUUUUGACCAUAACUAUAUUGCACUGUUUGGCUCACCUGGUAUCUUACUUUAUUAUGAUUGGAUUUUCUGUAGCCAGUAUAGGAGGAACAGUUUAUUUGUGGUAUACGUAUUUUGAUAUUAAAUAUAAUUUGGAUAAAACGCCUAAACAUAUGUUGUUAUCAGAAUCAGUGAAAAAUGAGACUGCGUUCUUCUGGUACUCAAUAGUAGCGACAAUAAUUACGGUAAUCAUAUUAAUAAUCAUAAUUUUCAUGAGGAAACAAGUGGACUUUCUUGCAAAUCUGUUUAAAGAGACAUCAAAAUGUCUGAUGCACCUGCCCGGGUUAUUUUUCCAACCAAUCUUUACGUUUAUUGUACUUGUAAUAUUUUUUAUGUUUUGGAUUUUCGUAGUGUUGUGUUUGGCGACGGCAUCGUAUCCUGAAAAAACCGGCAUAACUUCGCCGAUCGGGAACAGUUUUAAAGGUACCACUCCGAAUCCGAAUUCAAACCUCAAGGAAGCAAGUUUGGAUCCGUCGUUUGCGGAAAAGGUUAAAAUAACGGUUGUGGAAUAUGUGGACGCCUCUUGGGUGAAAGGUAUGUGGUGGAUAUAUUUUAUCGGUUUGAUAUGGACCUCUGAAUUUAUAAUGGCUUGCCAGCAAAUGGUCAUAGCGGGAUCGGUGGCGCACUGGUUCUAUCGCCAUAAAUAUAAAGAUAACUCGCACGUGUGUUACGCUACUGGAAAAUUAAUCAAAUAUCACCUCGGUUCUGUGGCUCUUGGAUCACUGAUUAUCACCCUUUUUAAAGUCCCGAGGCUCAUCCUUACGUACCUAUACGAGAAGUGGACUCGUGGUAAAGAUAAAGGCAGCGAGUGUGCGUCGUGUAGUUUAAAAUGUUGCAUUUGCUGCUUUUACUGCUUAGAAAAGUUCAUCCGUUAUUUGAACCACAAUGCAUACACCGUCAUUGCAAUCGACGGGUCUAAUUUUUGCAAAGCUGCAGGAACGGCAUUCGAAGUGUUGACGUCUCACGCUUUACAAGUGGCUACGAUAAACAGUUUGGGCGAUUUCAUAUUAUUCCUGGGUAAGUGUUUUGUGACGGCGGUAACAGGCUGUGUCGGUUUGGCUUUGUUUAGGAGAGAUCCCGAAUUAACGUUCUAUGCUGCUCCUACCCUUUUGGUUUGUAUUUUUGCGUUUUUUGUGGCUCACUGCAUCCUGUCCCUGUACGAGAUGGUACUCGACACGGUUUACUUAUGCAUGUGCCAAAGUGGGGAUGCGCCAGACGGCAUCCAGAUGCAAAAUAUGGGGGUUAACAAUAACGGCAACGUACCUCCUCCUGAAAGUACAGAGCUUGAACGCCUGGACUAAUAUAUGUUAUAAAGCAGCUUUGUUCACUGAGUACUAUUUGCGCAAUAUACUAAACAAAAUAACCUGAAUAUCAUGUACUGAAACAUAAUUCUAAAUGUUGAUAUUUUUCAAAGUUUAUUUUAGAAACUAUUAUAUAUUUUGUAUUUUUGUAUGUUUUACCACUUCGACAAUAAUAUUUUUUCUAAUGCUAUUUUUACACCUACAUAUACUAUACAACUAUCGAUAAGUAAUAUUUUUUUUUAAUUAAGAGCACAAAUAUAUGUUAAUUUUAUUAUGUACGAGUAGGUAAGUCCAAUUUUACUUCUUCAAUUUGCAAUGAAUCAGACUGCAACUAGUCUCAUUCAUUUUAUAUUCACGGAAUACAAAAAAUUGUGUUCAAGUAUAUACUUACGUAACAUGUAUUUAUUCUAUCCUUUUUCUCAACAAAAAGUAAAAUGUAUUGGACUGUGUGAUAAAAUUAUUUUCACAAAAUAUAUACUAGGGUGCUCCGUUUGAAGCAUACAUUUAUUUUUUCAUUUCAUUCAUGAAAUACUGUUCUAAACAUUGGAAAAAAAAUUCUCACCAAA